UCUGGAGUUUACUCCCGGAAUAAAAAGUGACAAACCAUUCCCUACUGUUCCAUAUCGUCUAUACUAUCCUCCACUUUCAUCUUCAUCCUGAUAAUCUUCUUCAUCUCCUGUUCAUCUAAAAAUGGAUCUGGUCACUCCUCAAGAACACCUGUGCUAUGUUCGAUGCGCCUACUGCAGCACAGUUCUUGCGGUGGGAGUUCCGUGCAAGAGGUUGAUGGACACUGUGACUGUGAAAUGUGGGCACUGCAACUCGCUCUCUUACCUCAACCCUAGACCAGCUGGACUUGUUCCAUCACUGAAUUCCUCCGACCAUCACAACACUGGUUUUCAGGGUCCUUGCAAUGACUAUAGGAAGGGUCAUCCGCUAGUCCCAUCUUCAUCAACGUCAUCUGAAGACACAAGCCCUAAAGCACCUUUCGUCGUGAAGCCUCCAGAGAAGAAGCACCGUCUUCCAUCAGCCUAUAAUCGCUUCAUGAAGGAGGAGAUACAAAGAAUCAAGGCUGCAAAUCCGGAAAUGCCACACCGCGAAGCUUUUAGCACUGCUGCAAAGAAUUGGGCGAAGUGUGAGCCUCGUGGACUAAUUUGUUCGACUGCUGAGAAGGAUGUGACUCCUAAAGCAAUUGCUCUUGAGCAUGAGAAGACAAAUGGGCUCUUGAUGAAAAGCUUUGAUGUCUUCAAACAAAUUGAGCACAGGAUAUAGUUUUAUCUAGUGAUCGAAUCUACCUACUCCCAUGAGAAUCCUUUGACCUUAAUUAUGAUCUUGAUGUGUGUUGUUUAUUUCUUAAGGGUACUGUAUCCGACCAUAUAAAACCUCUUUAGUAACUUGAUUACGAUCUUCGCAGAGGGCUUAAUUUCUUGCA